GAAUUUCCCUCAGGAAGUAGCUGAUCGAUUCCUUGGGGUAAUGACGUGGCAAGGCAAGCUGACUGAUAGAACAGCAAGUAUUUUCCAAGGCAACCAGAUGAAACUGAAGCUGGUCAAUAUUCAAAAAGCUAAAAUCUCAGCAGCUGCAUUCACAAAAGCCUUCUGCCAUCACAGAGUCAUUGAGCUAGAUGCCACUGCCGUGCACACUGACCUCCCAAUCCCAGACAUCAUAAGUGGACUCUGCAGCAAUAGCUGGAUCCAGCAAAACCUUCGGUGUCUCCUGUUGGACUCGGCAAGCAUCCCUCGAGAUUCAAGACUGCUAUUCUUUGGUCAGCUCACUGGUCUUCGCAUUUUAAGUGUUUUCAAUGUUUGUUUUCAUAGUGAAGACCUAGCUAAUGUUGCUAAGUUACCAAAAUUGGAAAGCUUGGAUAUCUCCAAUACUCUGGUCACUAACAUCUCUGCACUCCUUAUGUGUAAGGAUCGACUCAAAUCUCUGACAAUGCACUACCUGAAAUGUCUGACUAUGACCAAACCACAAAUUCUUGCAGUUAUUAGAGAACUUAAAUGUCUGCGUCACCUUGAUAUUUCUGAUCACAGGCAACUCAAAUCAGAUUUAGCUUUUCAUUUGCUGCAGCAAAAGGAUAUUCUGCCCCAUAUUGUGUCACUGGAUAUUUCAGGGGGCAGUUGCAUCACCGAUGGAGCUGUAGAACUGUUUAUACAGCAGCGGCCUGCGAUGCAGUUUGUGGGACUGUUGGCUACGGAUGCUGGUUAUUCUGACUUCUUUACUGCAAAGCAAGGCUUAAGGGUUGCUGGAGGAGCCAAUAUGAGUCAGAUCUCAGAAGCACUGAGCCGAUACAGGAAUAGGUCAUGUUUUAUGAAGGAAGCACUCUACAGGCUCUUCACUGAGACAUUUUCAAUGCAGAUAACCAUGCCUGCUAUUUUAAAGUUACAGAAGAAUUGUCUUCUCUCCUUAACUAAUUCCAGGAUUCUUGUGGAUGUUCCCUUUGACAGGUUUGAUGCUGCCAAGUUUGUGAUGAGAUGGCUCUGUAAACAUGAGAACCCCAAGAUGCAAACAAUGGCAGUGAGCAUCACUUCUAUUCUAGCCCUUCAGCUCUCACCUGAGCAAACUGCACAACUUCAGGAAGAGCUCCUCAUGGCAGUUAAGGAACUUCUAGCAAUAGUAAAACAAAAGACUACUGAGAAUUUAGAUGAUGUCACCCUCUUGUUUACUUUGAAAGCCCUUUGGAAUCUUACAGAUGAGUCUCCAGCUGCUUGUAGUCACUUUAUGGAAAAUCAAGGACUGGCAAUCUUCAUCCAAGUCUUGGAGACUUUUUCAGAGUCAGCAAUACAAAGCAAAGUACUUGGUCUUUGGAACAACAUAGCUGAAGUUAGAGAACUUUCUUCCAAACUGCUGACUGAAGAUGUGCUGAAACACAUUAGCAGCUUGCUCCAUAGCAAAGAAAUGGAAGUCAGCUAUUUGGCUGCAGGCAUCAUAGCCCACCUGACAUCUGACAAACAGCCCUGGAUAUCCCAAGACCUUCAGAGGAGUGCUCUUCUCCAGGAUCUGUAUGCUACCAUCCAGAAUUGGCCAAGUUCAAGUUGUAAGAUGACAGCAUUGGUGACUUACAGAUCCUUCAAGGCAUUUUUCCCACUCCUUGGCAACUUCUCUCAACCAGCAGUUCAGCUCUGGGCACUAUGGGCAAUGUAUCAUGUCUGCAGUAAAAACCCCAGCAAAUACUGCAAAAUGUUAGUUGAAGAAGAAGGAUUGCAGCUUUUGUGUGACAUCCAGGAGCACAGUGAGGCAGACCCCCAAACACAGCAGAUUGCAACCUCCAUUCUAGAUGACUUCAGAAUGCAUUUCAUGAACUAUCAGAGACCCCCUCUGUGUUGAAUGCCCUUCUUAACCUGUGGGGCUUCAGAGGGGCUCUCUGUUCUCAUUGUCAGGACUUCUGCCUUGCCAGCAAUUGUAUAUUGGAAUCAGUUGUCAUUGGAGUUUGUGGGUUGGCUGCCUCAACCACAUAUCCUGUGGACUUAAAAAAUAGUAGAUUGUUGAUUUUCUGUAGACUACAGAAAGGUUGGAUUUGAAUGACAGCCGCAAUCCCAAAUCAAGUUGGAAUCAUUCUGCGAACACCCCUUCAGUAGUUUUGAAAAGUCAAGUCUUGGACUCUGGGAAGAUCUGUGAGCUUGUGUUGCAACAGCACUGCCAGUUACUUUUCCUAACCCUGGCCAGUUUCUUAAAUCUGAUAAUUUGUCAGAGGAAGGGGAAAAGAAAGACCUAUGGGGAGACCUUAGUCUUUAUGUUAAAUUUCAUGUUUAAAAGAGUAUCUUGAGUUACUAUUCCUACUUAUGUGAGGCUAAGAGAAAAGAAGUAUGUAAAAAAGUGAAUACAUGCUUACUGGAGGCAGAAUUUCCAUUGGAGGGGAGGAACAAGGAGCGGGGGGAAUUUUUUUUUUUUUU